AAACGAAGAGUCUAGUUCAACAUCUAAUGCACAUAGCCAAAAUAAUUCAACACGGAGACCUAAUCAGCCAGUUAUACCUAGAAUGCCUUGGGAUCAAUUAUCUUCUUCAGCUUCACGAACAUUUAAUAAUGCACAGCCAAUGUCCUUUCAAUCUAUUAACUUAUCACAAUUUCCUAUGCAAGCACCACCCGGACUAAUACCACUUUUCCCAGUUCUACCAAAUAAUUCUAAUUCUAAUUCGUCGUCUUCAACGUUGGAAACUUUAACGGAAGAACAAAUUCGUUUAUUAGAGACAAACACCCGUGCAGCAUUUGAAGAAAAAAUAAGAAUAUUACAAGAGGCACAAACGCAAAUCUAUAAUGUUAUCAGUGUGCUUACACAGGCUGUCAGCGCAUUCCCUAGUGUUCCAAUAACAGAGUUAAAUGCGACUUCAUCAUCGGCAGAAGAGAACUCAUUAAUAAAUAACAAUAAUAAUGACGAAAACAAUAUUGGUAAUGCUAACUUCAACAAUUUUACAAAUACAAAUGAAAUUUCUCAAAAUGAAGUUAAGGGUAAUAAGGGCAAAGGAAAGAGUGUAACAGUAACAGAUGAGGAAGAACCAUAUAAUUGAAUUAAAUUAAAGAGAGGAUUAUUAAAAUUGCAAAAAAAAAAGAAAAAAAAAAAUUCAGAAUAAUUUAUUUAAUAUAUUAAAGUAUUUUGCAGUGUAAACAUUGUUGUAGAUAAAUUUUUUGAGAUAAAUUAAGAAAAAU